AUGAGCCAGCGCGUGAAGCGGCCCACGUCCCCCGAUCCGGACGCGCUUGAAGAAGAUGAGCGUAUGUAUGGCGAAGAGUCUGCCUCGGUAGGCGUCAAUGAGACAGCUGUUCAAAUCUCUAUUCAACCCCUCAUCGACCUCCGGAAGAAUGCCUCUGGUCCUGUGCCCGGUCGGCCCAAGACUCGCACGGGUGGCGGUGCCUCCGUUCAGGAGCAGAAGCGCCACAUUAUCGAGCGCUUCGUCUCCCGGUGGCGCGCCGAGGUCGGCGACGACUUUUACCCGGCCAUGCGCUUGAUCCUUCCGGACAAGGAUCGCGAUCGGACCGUGUACGGCCUCAAGGAAAGCAACAUUGGCAAGCUCCUCGUCAAGCUGCUCAAGAUCGAUCGUAACUCCGAGGAUGGGUACAACCUCCUCCACUGGAAACUGCCCGGCCAGACGUUUGCCGCUCGGAUGGCGGGCGACUUUCCCGGCCGGUGCUACGAAGUGAUUUCCAAGCGACCCAUGAGGACCGAGGUAGGUGAUCUAACGGUCGCCGACGUCAACGAGCUCCUCGACAAACUUUCUGCGUCGUCGAGCGAGACGGAGAAUCUGGCCGUCUUCCAAAUCUUCUACCUCCGGAUGAACGCCGAGGAAAUGCUCUGGCUCAUCCGCAUCAUCCUGAAGCAGAUGAAGAUUGGCGCCUCCGAGAGCACAGUCUGCUGGCAGCUGCGCGACCCGAGUAUCAGGCUGCAGCAAGAAGAGACAGGCCUGCGGCUGGGCCAACCGUUCCAGCCCCAGCUCGCGCAGUUCCAGACCUCUACGACCUUUUCGAAGAUGGUCAACCACCUCGGCGUAACCGAGGAUGACCCAGAGUACUGGAUCGAAGUGAAGCUCGACGGGGAGAGGAUGCAACUGCACAUGAGCGACAGUCCUGACAAGCCGGGUGGCAAGUCCUUUUUCUUCUGCUCCCGCAAGGCGAAGGACUACACGGAAUUGUACGGAUCUGGGUACGAGGAGCCGUCCGCCCUCACCCGGUUCCUCAAGGGCGCCUUUUCUCCCAAGGUUCGCAACGUCAUCUUGGACGGGGAGAUGGUGGCGUGGAACAUGAAGGAGGAUAUGCCCGACGCUUUCGGGAGUCUUAAGACCGCUGCGAACAAGGAAAAGACUGGCGUGGCUGGUGACGGCGCGGAAAAGGACCUACGACCCUAUACCUUGCGAGAUCGGUAUCGCGCGCUGCAGAGCGCCGUUCCGGGGAUGAAGCGUCGUCUAGAAAUUCACCCGCAUGUCUCGUCUACAUCUCCCGACAAUAUCGAGACGGAGCUGCGCACCGUCAUCGCCGAGGAGGCGAGGGCCUCUUUCCUAUGCGGUCUUCGCGUCGGGGAGAAUGAGAUUGCCACGGGCGCCAACCCGGAAAAGUGCAAGAGCUUCUUCAAGGUCGGCGGCGGCUUCAAGGCCGAGGACUAUGCCGAGGUGCGCCAUCAUACCGAGGGCAAGUGGAUCAAGUGGGACUCGAGCAAGCCGCCGACCGAGUACAUUAGCCUCGCUGGCGGCGAAAGGCUCGAAAAGCCCGACGUCUGGAUCCGGCCCCGCGACUCCGUCGUCAUCUCGGCCAAGGCGGCGAGCAUCACCGAGUCCAAGACGUUCGCCGCGGGCUGGGACUCGGCGCUCAACGAGGACGAGUUCGACGCCCUCCGCGAGAGGGUCAAGGCGGACCAGGAGACCAAGGACAUGAAGGUGGAGAACCGCAAGCGCCGGCCCACCAAGCGCGCCAAGAAGGAGCUCGUGAUUGCCGGCACGGAUGCGGCGCCCGUGGCCUUCUCCGGCCCCAAAACCAAGGUGUUUGAGGGCCUCGAGUUCUGCGUCCUCAGCGACGCCGCCAAGCCCGUCAAGAAGACCAAGGCGCAGCUCGAAGCCGUGAUCAAGGAGAACGGCGGCGAGGUCGUGCAGCGCCCCGCGGCGGGCACGGGCAUGAUUCUCGUGGCGGACAGGAAGCUCGUGGGCGUGGCGAGCCUGAUGAAGAAGGGUGACGUCGACAUCAUCCGGCCCAAGUGGGUGCUCGACUGCGUGGCGCAGUCGGGCGGCGGCUACCUCCUCCCUUACGAGGACGGACAUCUUUUCCACGCCACGCCCGCGCUGUUGCGCUCGGUGGACGAUAACACGGACCGGUUCGGGGACAGCUACGCCCGCGACGUCGACCUCGAUGAGCUCGCGCAGAUCCUGCGGGAUAUGCCCAAAUUAGAGGGGCUGACGAACCCGUUCGACAAGGACCUGUUUACGUCGCAGCUCCGCGAGCGCGGACACGGGCUCGAGGGGCUCAAGAGCCAAAUGUUUAAUCGGUGCGUCGUCUACUUUUACGAGCCCGGUACCGGCGCCGGUGCCGGAGGAGACGAGGAGGGUGCGCCGGAGACGGGGUCCGCUUCUUCGUCGGGCGAAGAGAGCUUUAGGUUGGGCAAUUACGUGCGCUUCGGGGGCGGCGGCGUCGUGGGGUACCUGGGCGAUCCGGCGCUGACCCAUGUGGUCGUCGUUGAUGGUGGGGUCGGCGGACGCGGCGUGGGUGAGGUGAGGAAGGAGAUUGCGGCGAGGCCAAGGAUCCCGAGGAUAGUUACGGGCAAGUGGGUUGAAGAGAGCUGGAAGGAGGGGACGUUACUGGACGAGGAGUCCUACACGGCCACAUAG